CGAGAUAUCACUGCACUGACCGACAUACUUCAUACUUCUGGCAAACAGCUCUUUAUAUGAAUCUGCAUGAGACUUUAAUUUGAGAUUAUUAAAGAUGAUUCAGACCAUGGUUAAACACGCGAAGAAACAUCCUGGGUUAAUCCCUCAAUUUGUCUUCCUGGCGCUGGGCGUUUCGAGUGCCACCUUCUAUCUGAUCCGCCUGGCGAGAGGACCCCACGUCACCCUGUGGAACAAGAAGAACAACCCGGAGCCCUGGAACCAGCUUGACCCGACCUACCAGUACAAGUUUGUGGCCGUCAACACGGACUACAAGAACCUGAAGAAAGAGGGCCCCGACUUCUAAAAGAAAAAAGGUCCUCCGGGCAACUGCAGGGGCACCAAGUUCAGCCGGACCUCCAGAUGCCGCCUCGGCGAUCGGAACCAACGGCGUAACCCCGUCAACGGGAAAAAUAUUAAAGAGUACUUGAGAAAAAGAAAAAGCUUGGUUUCUUCCAAUGCACGUAGCUAUUAUCUACUCGUCACUUUUAAUAUUUUAUCUCUUUGUUCUCUUUUCUUUGCCGACCCCUCGGCGUAGGUGUCAAAUGUCAUUCUUCUUCAUCUUUCUUUAAAACUACAUUAAUCAAUAAAGUGAUUUUGUGUUGA